GAAGCUAGCAACAUUCGCUUUUAAACCAACCAUCAUUGAUCUAUCAGAGGAUCUUCCGAACUCAUUGGAGAAUAAAGAUCACUUUAGGGAGAGAGAGAGAGGAGAAAGAUAGAGAGAGGCAAAACUGCACUUUCCAUUAAAAAAAAAAAGAAAAAUCCACCAAUCAAUCAAUCAAUCAAAAGCUCUAUAAUUAAAGCUGCCAUUAAAUUAUGUUACCUCUUUCCCUUGAGUUAAUUAUGUGUUGCUUGCUUUCUUUUGGUUGUGCAAUUUAUUUGCACUGAUGGGUGAGUCAGUCACCAAACCCCAUACAGCAAACUUUCACUCCACACUUUACUUGGGGAUGGGCAAUGCUAGUGGCAAAAGUGAUGGGGAAGGUACUUCAGGAGAGGGUUAUGAGCAGGAGGGUAUGGAGUUUGCCGCACUCGGAAGGGCUACACACGUUGGCCAUCAUGUCUCGGGUGUGUAUGUAGAGGCAGAGGCAGAGGCAGAGGCAGAGGCAGAGCCCAUGGCGCACUCUCCUCCCAGUAGUCCUAGGAGAUACCAGCAGCCUCCUCUCACUCUGACUCCACAGGUUCCCAUGGUUCCUAUACCAAGACCUGCUGAAAUGAUGCAUGUCCAGAACUAUGCGUUGGCACGUAACAUUACAGAUUCUAGGGAUUCAUUCAGUGAGAAACUGAGUGCUGUGAUGAUAACAUGGAGUUAUGGUGGCAGGCAAGUAGCUGUCACUGGAUCAUGGGAUAAUUGGGACAAAAGGGAGCUUUUGCAUAAGGUGGGCAAAGAUUUUGUUAUUUUGAAGAUGCUCCCCUCAAGUGUUUUUCGCUACCGCUUUAUUGUUGAUGACCAAUUGAGGUAUGCUCCAGACUUGCCCUGGGAAUGUGAUGAAUCAGGGACUGCAUACAAUAUUUUGGAUGUACAGGAGGAUAUUCCAGAAGCUCCAGAAAGCCUGUCUGAGUUUGAAACUCCUUCAUCCCCAGUGACAAGCUACGAUAACGAGUCCUUGGAUGACAAUGAUUUCAGUAAACAGCCUCCUGAUAUGCCUCCACAACUUCAAUUAACAUUGUUGAACCACCGAUCUUCUGCUGUGGAAAGUCACCAGUCACUGCCAAGGCCUAGUCCGUCAGUGUUGAACCAUCUUUAUAUUCAGAAUAAUCGAGGUCAGCCUGUUGCACUUGGAUCAACUCAUCGCUUUCUUCAGAAGUAUGUGACAGUAGUACUAUACAAGCCCACACGGCGAUAAAAGAAAAAGUAAUAGCAUAUUCUUUUAAUGUCGUAGAUGGAUUUAUUUUACACAACAGACAUUGUUAAGAUUAAAGUUAGUGGAAAUAGUAGAAAAAAGGUAAGCCUAGGAAAAGGUUUGAGUAUUUGCAGCAAACUUCCAUAUUCAAUUGCUAUUGAUUUUGAACA